GCUCCUCCUUAGCUUGUGCAUUGGUGUCUGGUCUUCGGGUUCUGCUGCGGUCGCCUUUGCCUGUGCUGGGCUGGGACCUCGGCUUGGGCCCCUCCAUCGACCGGUGGGUGGGCUUCGAUUUCCCGGAGGGUCGUGAACUUCGUCAGGAGCAGGACAAGGCUCUUUUGGGCCUUUGCCCACCUCACGUGCCCGAGGCCCGGCCGAGCCUCCACACGGCACCCAGCGACCCAGAUGGGGCGCAAGACACUCGUGCCCAGGCUAUCGUCGGUCCUGGGCCCCAAUUUCUGGAUGCUGAGGUGACUCCUUUGCGAAACACGGACACGCAGCGGGUCUGCCCGAGCCCGGACAGCGAUCCCGCAGCAGACCAACUAGCAUCGCGGCGUCAGGUGGUGGCGGCGGGGUCUGCUCCACAUGCAGGCUUUGCGCUUUUCUGGACGUGUGGCCUGCGCUUCCUUCGCAAGCAGACGUUCACGUCGGUCAAAAAGGGAGGAG